AUGGCUGACAAGGGUCUUGAGGAUGUCCCCGAGGGACAGAUCGAGUCCAACUACGAUGAGACCGUCGACUCCUUCGAUGACAUGAACCUCAAGUCUGAGCUCCUCCGAGGUGUCUAUGCCUACGGUUUCGAGCGUCCCUCUGCUAUCCAGCAGCGUGCUAUCAUGCCCGUUAUCAAGGGUCACGAUGUCAUUGCUCAGGCCCAGUCAGGUACUGGAAAGACCGCCACCUUCUCCAUCUCUGUUCUCCAGAAGAUCGACACCAACGUUAAGCAGUGCCAGGCUCUGAUCCUUGCUCCUACCCGUGAGCUUGCUCAGCAGAUUCAGAAGGUCGUUGUUGCCAUCGGAGAUUUCAUGCAAAUCGAGUGCCACGCUUGUAUCGGUGGUACCAGUGUCCGUGAGGAUAUGAAGGCCCUUCAGGACGGCCCCCAGGUUGUUGUCGGCACUCCCGGUCGUGUUCAGGACAUGAUCCAGCGCCGUUUCCUCAAGACCGACAGCAUGAAGAUGUUCGUUCUCGACGAGGCCGAUGAAAUGCUUUCUCGCGGUUUCACCGAGCAGAUCUACGAUAUCUUCCAGCUUCUCCCCCAGUCCACCCAAGUUGUCCUUCUCUCUGCUACCAUGCCCCAGGACGUUCUUGAGGUCACCACCAAGUUCAUGCGUGACCCCGUCCGCAUCUUGGUCAAGAAGGACGAGCUUACCCUGGAGGGUAUUAAGCAGUUCUAUAUUGCCGUUGAGAAGGAGGAGUGGAAGUUGGACACCCUCUCCGAUUUGUACGAGACUGUCACCAUUACCCAGGCUGUUAUCUUCUGCAACACCCGCAGAAAGGUUGACUGGCUCACCGACAAGCUCACUGCUCGUGAUUUCACCGUCUCCGCCAUGCACGGUGAUAUGGACCAGGCUCAGCGUGACCUGAUCAUGAAGGAGUUCCGAUCUGGCUCUUCUCGUGUCCUGAUCGCCACUGAUCUCUUGGCCCGUGGUAUCGAUGUUCAACAGGUUUCCCUGGUCAUCAACUAUGAUCUCCCUGCCAACCGUGAGAACUACAUUCACCGAAUUGGUCGUGGUGGUCGUUUCGGCCGAAAGGGUGUCGCCAUUAACUUCGUCACCGCUGAGGACGUCCGCAUGAUGCGUGAGAUUGAGCAGUUCUACAGCACCCAGAUUGAGGAGAUGCCCAUGAACGUUGCCGACCUCAUCUAA